AAAAAAUUAAGUCACAAUGUUAUUUGUUUGUUUGUUAUUAUUAUCUUGCUUGUCUAGAAUUUCCAAUUCACUAGAUAGUUUAGCAGUAAGUGAAUCAAUCCAAGAUGAUAACACUUUGGUUUCUGCAAAUGGAAUCACUGAAGUGGGUUUCUUUAGCCCAGGAAAUUCAACAAGACGAUACUUGGGUAUAUGGUACAAAAAUGUAUCCCCUUUCACAGUGGUGUGGGUGGCAAACCGAAACACGCCUCUUCAGAAUAAAUCAGGAGUUCUCAAACUCAAUGAAAAAGGGAUUCUUAUUCUUCUCAAUGCUACAAACCACACCAUUUGGUCAUCAUCCAACAUCUCAAGCAAAGCAGGGAAUAAUCCAAUUGCUCAGCUCUUGGAUUCGGGAAAUUUUGUAGUUAAAAAGGGACCAGAAGCCAACGAUGAUGGCGUCUUGUGGCAGAGUUUUGAUCAUCCAAGUGAUACAUUUAUGCCAGGAAUGAAAAUUGGAUGGAACUUAGAGACUGAUUUGGAAACGUUUUUAUCUUCUUGGAAAAGCUUUGAUGAUCCUGCUGUUGGAGAAUAUGCUCUGAAAAUGAAUCUUAGUGGAUAUCCUCAAAUGAUGAAGUUCAAGGGACCUGAUAUAGUGUUUAGAGGAGGAUCAUGGAAUGGUUUGUCUCUAGUGGGAAAUCCAGGUCCGACCUACGGCACGUCACCAAGAUUCGUGCUCAAUGAAAAAGAAGCGUAUUACGAAUACGGGAUUGAGGAGAGUUCGGGGUUUAUCAUAUAUACAUUGACGCCUUCAGGCACAGGAGAAAUAUUGUUUUGGACAACUCAAGCAAGAACACAGCAAGUUCUAUCAAGUGGAGAGCAAGAUCAAUGCGAGAAUUAUGCCUUUUGUGGUGCAAAUUCUAUAUGCAAUUAUGAUGGUAACCACCCAAGUUGCGAAUGCCUGAGAGGUUAUGUUCCCAAGUCUCCAGAUCAGUGGAAUAUAUCAAUUUGGCUCAGUGGUUGUGUUCCAAGGAAUAAAUCUAAUUGCACAAAUAGUUACACAGAUGGCUUCUGGAAGUAUACAAACAUGAAAUUGCCAGACACUUCUUCAUCAUGGUUUGAUGAGACUAUUAGUCUUGAUGAAUGUCAGCAGUCAUGCCUUAUGAACUGUUCUUGUACAGGUUAUUCAAGUCUAAAUGUUCUUGAUGGAGGUAGUGGCUGUCUACUUUGGUUCGAUGAUCUAGUUGACAUGAGGAAUUUCUCAAAAUGGGGACAAGACUUCUAUAUCAGAGUCCCUGCUUCAGAAUUAGAUCACGGAAACGACAAGAAAAACAUUGUAGGAAUCAUUGUUGGUGUGACUAUUUUUGGAUUAAUCAUGACAUGUGUAUGCAUACUGGGAAUUAAAAAUCCAGAGGCUGCAAGAAAAUUUUGCAACAAGCAUUACAAAAAUAUGCAGAGGAGGGAAGUGAUAGAUUUGCCAACUUUCGAUUUCUCAGUCUUAGCCAGUGCCACUGGAAACUUUUCAACCGAAAACAAGCUUGGAGAAGGGGGUUUUGGACCAGUAUACAAGGGCACACUGAUGGAUGGGAAAGAGUUAGCUGUGAAAAGGCUUUCUCAGAAAUCUUUGCAAGGGUUGGAUGAGUUCAAAAAUGAAGUUGCAUUGAUGGCCAACCUUCAGCAUCGUAAUCUGGUAAAGCUUCUUGGUUGCUGCAUUGAAGGAGAAGAAAAAAUGCUAAUAUACGAGUACAUGCCGAACCACAGCUUGGACUACGUUGUUUUUGAUGAAGGUAAAAGGAAGUUCUUAGAUUGGCGUAAGCGUUUCAACAUCAUUAGUGGCAUUGCUCGAGGACUCCUUUAUCUUCACCAAGACUCUACAUUGAGGAUUAUUCAUAGAGAUCUAAAACCUAGUAAUGUUUUACUAGAUGCGAAUUUGGAUCCCAAAAUAUCAGACUUUGGCUUGGCUCGAUUGGUUUUGGGAGAUCAAGUUGAGGCAAAAACUAAUAGGGUGGCAGGAACAUAUGGCUACAUACCUCCUGAAUAUGCUGUGCGUGGGCAUUUCUCAGUGAAAUCAGAUGUCUUUAGUUAUGGUGUCAUUGUACUAGAGGUUCUAUGUGGUAAGAAAAACAGAGAAUUUUCGGACCCAGAACACUGCAACAAUCUUCUUGGGCAUGCAUGGAAAUUAUGGAGCGAAGACAGGGCACUGGAACUAGUACUAGAUGAAGUGUUAGAAGAAGAGUGCACGGUGUUUGAAGUUAUAAGAUGCAUACAAGUAGGUCUAUUAUGUGUACAACAAAGACCAGAGGAUAGGCCAGACAUGUCAUCUGUGGUUUUAAUGUUAAAUGGCGAUAAAUUAUUGCCAAACCCAAAGGCUCCUGCAUUUUACACUGAAAUUGAUGAUGUUAGCAAAGCAAAUUCUCCAUCAGCAAAUCGCAAACCGUUCUCAGAUAAUGAACUUUCCAUCACAGUGUUAAACCCAAGAUAGAAAAUUAAAGCACGAAAAUGUUAACCUUCACCUUCAUAUGUGAAAUAUGUUGAUUAUUUAAGCAUAGGCAAUAUGAUUAUAUAAAUUGCUAUUCCAGCUCCGGCUUUUUCUUUGUUCCAUGUACCCAAACAAAUGUGUUAUCA